AUGCGACUGCUGUUGUCUGUUCCACUUUCUGUGUGUGAGGCUCACGGCGCCGUUAAACGCCUUCUUUACUCAGAUUUGUACAAUACUUUUUUUACAUGUGACCCCAAAGGGUCUCAUCUCGGCUCCGGUGGGGGAACGAGUUGGCUGCUGGAGCGGUGCUAUCAAUCGGAACGAAACGACAGUAUGAAGACAGAAGACGACGACGACUUUGAGGGGUGGCUGUUGCGUGAGCAGCGCAUCAUAAUUCAUAGCGGUGGACAGAGCCGACGGCUGCCCUCAUAUGGACCGUGUGGGAAGCUGCUUCUGCCCGUUCCUGUCUUUCGCUGGUCGCGUGGGCAGACGUGUGAUCAGACGCUCCUCGAUUUGCAGAUGCCGCUCUACGAAGAGGUGAUGCGGCGGGCACCUUCGCACCUGCGUACACUUGUGUCUUGC